GCUGCGGCUCCUUCAGGCCCCUUCAGGCCCCUUCAGGCCCCUUCAGGCCCCUUCAGGCUCCUUUCUGUUUCCUCUCGCGCGCCGGAGCGAGCAGCGUCAACACGGCGUCAGGCGACGUGACCCGGAAGUCCGCUGGUGUUCGUGUUGUUGACUUCUGAACUGUCGAUAAAGUUGUGUGUGUUAGCUGUUCGCGCCACAGCAUUGCUGUUCUCCAACGGGGGUCUCGUGCACACGCACGACGCGCACGCAGCACCAAGCCGACACACUCAGUGUCCACCCAGAUUUAACAGGUGGUACUAAGGACUGUAACGGUUCUCCGGUUGGACCAGGAGUUUCCUUUGAUGCGUGUUCAUGAAGCUGAAGCUGUGGCGUCCUGCUGUGAACCAGCUGCUCCUCAAGACCACCUCACUCUGCUCCAGAUUUGGCUUCAGAGAGGACCUGAAGACCCCUUCCCCAGCGUCUCCAACGGCCCGUAUAUCAUGACCACCACAGCCAAUGGAAACGACAGUAAGAAGUUCAAAGGAGACAUCAGAGGUCCCGUGGUCCCGUCCAGGGUCAUCCACAUCCGCAAGCUCCCCAACGACAUCAGCGAGGCCGAGGUGAUCAGCCUCGGCCUGCCGUUCGGAGACAUCACCAACCUGCUGAUGCUCAAAGCCAAGAACCAGGCCUUCUUGGAGAUGAACUCGGAGGAAGCGGCUCAGAACAUGGUGGGUUACUACUCCACGGUGAUGCCCAUAAUCAGGAACCACCUGGUCUACGUCCAGUUCUCCAACCACAAGGAGCUCAAGACGGACAACUCCCCCAACCAGGAGAGGGCCCAGGCAGCUCUUCGCGCCCUCACCUCGUCUCACGGCGACCCGGCGAUGGCUCCCAGCACCGUGCUCCGGGUCGUGGUGGAGAAUCUGGUCUACCCCGUCACCCUGGACGCACUCUGCCAGAUCUUCUCAAAGUUCGGCACGGUGCUGCGGAUCAUCGUGUUCACCAAGAACAGCCAGUUCCAGGCGCUGCUGCAGUACGCCGACGGAGCGGCCGCGCAGUCGGCCAAGCUGUCUCUGGACGGCCAGAACAUCUACAACGGCUGCUGCACGCUGAGGGUCAGCUUCUCCAAGCUCACCAGCCUCAACGUCAAGUACAACAACGAGAAGAGCCGCGACUUCACCAGGCCGGACCUGCCCAGCGGAGACAGCCAGCCCAGCAUGGAGCACCCGGCCAUGGCCACCGCCUUCACUCCAGGGAUCAUCUCCGCUGGUCCGUACGCUGGAGCCACGCACAGCUUCUCCCCAGCCUUCACCCUGCAGCCUGCCAUGUCCUCCCACUACCCCGGCCUGGUGCCCACCCUGCCCGGGGCCCUGGCCUCGCUGGGCCUCCCGGGGGCCCCCAGGCUGGGCUUCCACCACAUGGCGGCUGGAGUCUCCGUCCUGCUGGUCAGCAACCUGAACCCUGAGAGGGUCUCGCCCCACUGCCUCUUUGUCCUCUUCGGUGUUUAUGGUGACGUGAUGCGAGUCAAGAUUCUGUUCAACAAGAAGGAGAACGCUCUGGUCCAGAUGUCCGACUGCACGCAGGCUCAGCUAGCCAUGAGCCACCUGAGCGGCCAGCAGCUUCACGGGAAGUCUCUGCGCGUCACGCCGUCCAAGCACAGCAGCGUGCAGCUGCCCCGCGAGGGCCACGAGGACCAGGGCCUGACCAAGGACUACAGCAGCUCCCCCCUGCACCGCUUCAAGAAGCCCGGCUCCAAGAACUACUCCAACAUCUUCCCCCCCUCCGCCACCUUGCACCUGUCCAACAUCCCGCCGUCGGUGGUGGAGGACGACCUCAAGAUGCUGUUCUCCACCUCGGGAGCCAUGGUCAAGGCCUUCAAGUUCUUCCAUCCUCACCUCCUGUUCCCCUGCAGAAAGGACCACAAGAUGGCUCUGCUCCAGGUGGGCUCGGUGGAGGAGGCCAUCGAGUCCCUCAUCGAGUUCCACAACCACGACCUGGGGGAGAACCACCACCUGCGCGUCUCCUUCUCCAAGUCCUCCAUCUGACCGGUGGAUCCACUCCCACAUUCCUCCGGUCCGCCGUGACGUUAACUUAUUGUAGAGCUCACCUGAGUCCUUCGGGACCGGGUCCUUCAGAGCGCUCGGAGUCCGGAUCGGAACCGCGUGUCUUGUUUUAAGUCGUUUCCUUUUAUCCACUUCUGCCUUUUCCUAUGGUCCCGAAGGACCGGAGUCCUCUCGGCUCGCCCCCAGGCUCCGGACCGCGUGGUGCCUUAGUCCUGCUGCGCAGCGUUGGAGGUCUCCCACGGUGCCUUAGUCCUGCUGCGCAGCGUUGGAGGUCUCCCACGAUGCCUUAGUCCUGCUGCGCAGCGUUGGAGGUCUCCCACGGUGCCUUAGUCCUGCUGCGCAGCGUUGGAGGUCUCCCACGAUGCCUUAGUCCUGCUGCGCAGCGUUGGAGGUCUCCCACGGUGCCUUAGUCCUGCUGCGCAGCGUUGGAGGUCUCCCACGGUGCCUUAGUCCUGCUGCGCAGCGUUGGAGGUCUCCCACGAUGCCUUAGUCCUGCUGCGCAGGGUUGGA